AGACCCCGCGUGAGUCUAGAUUGUGAACCGGGAUACAUGGGAAAUACGAAUUAUCUAUUGGCCUUUCCAUAAUACAAACUCCCAUAAGACGCAAGGUUGCAUCGUGGUGAUGUCAGAAGGGUGGCCUGUAGAAACAGUGUCAACCUAAAAAAAGAUCGUUGCGGCUCAGAUUGCAGACUGAUCAAGUCUGCGCUCCCACGAAUGUAGCGCGCUACAAGAUAUACUGAAAAUCUGAUCGUAACUCACUACUAGCGUUAGUGAGAGCUUAAUACUAUUACGCACACCUUCUUGUCGCAAAAACGAAAGAGCGUUAUGGUUCUCGGAAUUAUCACCUCAAUAGCUGCGUGUCCCGCCAUAAUUGGCACGACAGAAGCUAUCCGGCAAGGCCAGCGCCAGAAUGCGCGUGAGCAGCAUCGCGGGCGAAAAUCCAAUCUCCUUGUAUCCUGCUCCGAUCCUUCACGGAAAGCAAGGGAUAUCAACGGAGGAACCAUUGUGCUACGGAACAACAAACUCUAUGUCACCACCGUGAGCCCCCGUGGCAGGGCCGCAAAAGAAAGGAGAGAAUACGAAAACGAGAAGGAUCCAGGCCGAUUAAAUGAGCGCGGCCAUCUUUUUGCUGGCUAUUUCUUUGGAUAUCCAGACACAAAAUGGGGCCGCCGAGGGGAUGGUCUUGUGUCUACAAUCUCCGAUGACCCCCCUCAGCUGAACUGGAUAUAUGUGGACAAAGACACAUACGAAGUGAAAUAUGGCCUACGCGUUCAGGCAGAGGGAAACCUUGUUGGGCCGUGGAACUGCACGCCAAUUGAUAAACGGUUAACACUGGAAGGGUGGGAAGGGUUUACGGUUGUAGAAGAGGAGGAGGAUGUAUGGGCACUGUAUUUUGACAAGGAUGAUGAUGGGCUAGAGGAGAAGGUAGAGCCGAAUAGGAGGAUUAUGGAGAUUGAGUUGAUAAGGAAAGAGAUGAGGAUAGGGAAGGAGGAAGUGGAUAUGGCGGAGCAAGAAGAGAAGUUACGGAAUGGAAACGAGGUGAAGAACAAAAGGAAAGGUGGGGAGAACGAAGAGAAGAAUGAGAAAGAUAAGAACAGUACUCGUGCGGCAUAGAAAUCUUAGUAGAUACAUAUUCAAGAAUUAUGAAGUUUACGAUUACAACUUGAUAGACAUCAUGAG